CAUUUGAAACACCCUCCAAAAAAAAAAUGUGCCCACAAUGUGUUUGUUAAAAAUUAUCUUACCCCAAAGGACUUAAAAUUAAAACUCUUGCUUCCACUCUUCGUCUCCAACUAAUACCAGAAGGAACCCAAAAGUCCAUGUCCUUGCUGUCAACCAUCGGUAUGUCAGCAGCCAAUAAUCUCAGGCAAUCUUUGCCUGCUCUCUACCUCCUCUGUUUCCUCUGUUUCUUUUCCGGAAUCUACUCCGACGAUCUCCAAAUCCUAUUGAAACUAAAAUCAUCACUCUACAACUCCAAUCCCGACGUGUUCAGUUCAUGGGAUUCCACCGGAAACGUGUGCAAAUUCGUCGGGAUUACCUGCGAUUCCCAAGGUUUCGUUACAGAGAUCGAACUUUCUAAAAAUAAGCUAUCUGGGUUUCUUCCUUUAGAUUCGAUAUGCGAGCUUCAAAACUUGGAAAAGCUUUCUCUGGGUUUUAAUUCUUUGCAAGGAAAAAUCACAGAGGACCUGAGAAACUGCACGAAAUUGAAGUAUUUGGAUUUGGGAAACAAUGUUUUCAACGGACCUUUUCCUGAUAUAACUCCUUUGGGAGAUUUACAGUAUCUUUAUUUGAAUAGCAGUGGAUUUUCAGGCACUUUCCCGUCGAAAUCACUUUCCAACAUGUCGGGUCUUGUUCGGUUGAGCAUAGGAGAUAAUCCAUUCGGACCAACUCCGUUUCCUCAAGAGGUUGUGAAGCUAAACAAGCUGAAUUGGCUUUACCUCUCAAACUGCUCCUUGGAAGGGAAAAUUCCAACCGGAAUCGGAAGCUUAUCCGAGCUAAUAAAUUUUGAGAUUGCCGAUAAUAAUUUAAGUGGUGAGAUUCCAGCUGAGAUUGGGAAUCUCAAGAAUCUUUGGCAGUUUGAGCUUUACAACAACAACUUCACUGGAAAACUACCAAUCGGGCUGAGGAACCUUACAAAGCUCGAGUUCUUUGAUGCUUCAGCGAACAAUCUUGAAGGUGAUUUAAUGGAGUUGAAGUUCUUGACGAACUUGGUUUCUCUGCAAUUGUUUGCCAACAACUUUUCCGGUGAGAUACCGUCGGAGUUCGGAGAAUUCAAGCGGCUUGUGAACCUCUCACUUUACAAAAACCAGUUGACUGGUCCUAUUCCUGAAAAGAUUGGUUCUUGGGCAGAGUUUAAUUUCAUUGAUGUGUCUGAGAAUUUCCUGACUGGUCCAAUUCCUCCUGAUAUGUGCAAGAUGGGGAAAAUGAAAGCUCUUCUCGUCCUACAGAACAACUUAACCGGCGAAAUUCCGGCCAGUUACGCCAACUGUCCGACGCUACGCCGGUUCAGAGUCAGCAAGAACUCCCUCUCCGGUGUAGUUCCGGCUGGAAUAUGGGGAUUACCGGCACUGAACAUCAUCGACAUAGAAUCCAACCAACUCGAAGGUCCAAUAACUCCUGAUAUCGAAAACGCCAAGGCUCUGGGCCAGAUUUUCGCAGCCAACAAUCGCCUGACCGGAGAGUUACCUGAGGAGAUUUCCGGAGCUACGUCUUUAAUUUCAAUAGACCUGAGCGAGAACCAUCUAUCCGGUAGAAUUCCGGCGAGUCUUGGUGAUCUUAAGAAGUUGGGAACUCUUCAUCUACAGGGGAACAUGUUCUCGGAUUCCAUACCCAAAUCAUUAGGCUCUUGUUCGUCUCUCACCGACUUAAACAUGGCGAACAACUUGCUGUCGGGCAAAAUCCCAACGUCUUUUGGCUCUCUUCCUAGUCUAAAUGCUCUGAAUUUGUCAAUGAAUAAACUUUCGGGACAAAUUCCAGAAACUCUGGGAGCUCUAAGGUUUAGCCUUGUUGAUCUAUCCUAUAACCGACUUUCGGGUCGCAUCCCGCAGUCUUUGUCCAUUGCAGCCUACAAUGGAAGUUUAGCCGGUAACCCGGAGCUCUGCAGCGUCAAUAUAAACAGUUUCCGACGCUGCUCCCCGGAUUCGGGCAUGUCGAAGGAUGUCCGAACACUCAUCAUUUGCUUUGCAGUUGGUUCGGCUGUCCUGCUUUUUACCCUGGCUUGUUUCUUCCAUUUAAAGAAAAAGGAAAAAGAUCAAGACCAUUCAUUGAAGGAAGAAUCUUGGGAUGUAAAUUCUUUCCAUGUGUUAAGCUUCACGGAGGGUGAGAUUCUCGAUUCCAUUAAGCAAGAGAAUAUAAUUGGGAAAGGAGGGUCCGGAAAUGUAUACAAAGUCUCUCUUCCUAAUGGUAAAGAACUUGCUGUGAAGCACAUAUGGAAUACCAAUAUCAAAGGGCGGAAAAAGAUCAGGAGUACUACUCCGAUGCUCGGAAAACACACUGGAAGGUCUAAGGAAUUUGAUGCUGAGGUGCGGACUCUGAGCUCCAUAAGGCAUGUGAAUGUUGUGAAGUUGUACUGCAGCAUCACAAGUGAGGACUCUAGCCUGUUGGUCUAUGAGUUUUUACCGAACGGAAGCUUGUGGGAUAGGCUGCACACCGGCCAGAAGUUGAAGCUUGAUUGGGAAACACGGUAUGAGAUAGCGGUGGGGGCGGCCAAAGGUCUGGAGUAUCUUCAUCAUGGCUGCAAUAGGCCGGUGAUCCACCGGGAUGUCAAGUCCAGUAACAUUUUGUUGGAUGAGUUUUUGAAGCCUAGGAUUGCUGAUUUUGGUCUUGCUAAGAUCGUUCAGGCCAACGGAGGCCAGGAUUCCACUCAUGUCAUUGCUGGAACACAUGGCUACAUAGCACCUGAAUAUGGAUACACAUAUAAAGUCAAUGAGAAAAGUGAUGUCUAUAGCUUUGGAGUGGUGUUGAUGGAGCUUGUGACUGGAAAAAGGCCGAUUGAGCCAGAGUUCGCUGAGAAUCAGGACAUAGUGAGCUGGGUAUACAACAAUCUAAAGACUAGAGAAAGCAUAUUAAGUUUGGUUGAUUCGAAUAUUCCAGAGGGCUUAAAGGAAGAGACAAUAAAGGUAUUGAAAAUAGCUGUUCUUUGCACAGCAAGGCUUCCUGAACUUAGACCCACAAUGAGAAGUGUGGUUCAAAUGCUAGAAGAAGCUGAACCAUGUAAGUUGAUGGGAAUUAUCAUUACCAAAGAUGGAACAAGCAUGAAAAAGGAAGUGGCUGAUGCAAAGAAGUUAAAGCCAGAGUUUUAAGCGUCAAAAAAGAAAAAAAGAAAGAAAAAAAAAAAGAAAUUGGUUCUGCUAAGAAAGUAAUUUCACAACCUGCCAAUCCUGCUUUAAUUAGUACUCAACAUAAUGAUAUUGAUAGAUUAUAUGUAACAUAUUUGCUAGUUCCUUUAGAUGGUUAAUGUCUAUAUGGUAAGGUUCCUUUUUGUAAAAUAGUGAUCGAGGAAGAAUUAAGGCUGCUGAAAAAUGGCACCCUUUUUUUUUUUUUUUUAAUAAGAAAAUUUUCAUUUCAGUUCC